CUGACUGUUGACAUUGUAGCUUCAGGCUUCAGCUUAACCAUGGUGCAGAGAUUUUUCUCAGUGAGGCAAAUGGACCUCCAACAAAACAGCCAAUCCCACCCUGUCAUGCUUCUCUCUGGCCCUCCUUCCUGCGGAAAAACCUCCCUAAUAUUCCAGUUUGCAUUCAACUCCGCAAUGGAGGAGGCCCACCAUGGCAAUACUAAUGGUAAAGUGAUGUUCAUUUGCAACCGCCGCAAGUUAGAGGCCAAGCCCCCUUAUCUUUCCCAGGGCGUUGAUUCAUCCUCUGAGACAUUUCAGCGCAUACAAAUGAAUUUUCAUCUGUAUAGGUAUGUGGAUGAUGAUGAAGGAAUUAAGAAGUACUUUGCUGCGUUUCACCUGCAUGACACAUUUCCUGUGGCAGUUAUUAUUGAUGAUUUUGGAGAUUUCUUUGAUGAAAGGAGCUGCCAAGAAAGAUAUGGUAACCCACGUGGAAGAGACUUAGCAAUGGUUCGGACACUCGCCUUAUGUCACAAUGCCAUGGUUCAUGCCAAUGAAACGAGUCCUUGCAAGCUUCUGCUGUCUGAUACACACCAUGGAGACUCCCCAAGGUUGCUCUUCAUCUACAAAAGAUGGGUUACAACCAUUUUUACAAUUCAAGGUGAUGGCUCUGGAUCGUUUGUUCUAAAAGACUAUAGCAAUUCAGGGAGGACAAAGACUGCUAAGUAUUCCAUUGCUCUCCAGUAUCUUUUUCUGGAGGAGAUCACUGAAGCGAGUGAAUAGUAGGCGUAUCGAAUUUAGGCUCAAAAUUACUCGAAGCUCUGUGACAUUUGAUGCCUAAACAUGUCAGUGUUAAUAUCUGCUCUUCAUUGUUCUUGUUCAUAAUGCGAGUUCUGUAGAAACCCUUAAAACUGUGUGAUGUGCAAGCUCUGAAACUUGAUAUGAUCAGUAAAUAGUAUUUCAAAUUUCAAGAAACAAAUCUUUUCUUAGUUCUAAUCA